AUCCGCGAUGCUGCCUUGUAAAAGUCGGCGGUUUUCCCCAUUUCAGUAACAACAUGAAUCCAAGAUGGCGCCCAUUGGCAGCCAAACCGCUCAAGUUUUAAGACAAGCGGAAACUAUUCGUGCAGGCCUUAAAAGUACAUCUGAGGAUUUCAAUGUUGGUAGUGCGGGAUGGUCAUCAAGGCAGAUGCUCCAAGACCUGUACAAGAGGAUCCUGUUGAAUGACCUUGAACUUGCUCUGGAUAAGAAAAUAGAGCAAGACUUGUGGAAUAGUGCCUUCAAGAGUCAGAUUGAUUUCUUGAGAGAAAAAGCUAGGGACAAAAAGUGCACAAGUAAGAAUGAAGUUCAAGCUGUUCUCACUCUUUUCCUGGAAACUGCCAGUGGUUUCUAUAUCCAGCUUUUGCAGGAGUUGUGUAUGACAUAUGACCUGGAUCUACCUGGGCAUGCACGGUCGUCACAUCUUGGGCUUCUUGAUGAUGGAGAUGUUAACAGCUCGUCCAAGCGUCCACACACCCAGUCUUGUUACUAUGUGUGCCAGGACUGCCUGGUUCAUCUUGGAGACAUUGCUCGCUAUUGUGACGAUGCCACGCAAGCUGAGGUGUUCUACCGUCAUGCACUUUUGCUCGUGCCAUCAAAUGGUCAGCCAUACAACCAGCUUGCAAUCCUGGCCAGUGCCCGCGGUGAUCACCUAGGAACGGUUUACUUUUAUUGUCGAAGCAUUGCAGUGAAGAACCAAUUUCCGGCGGCUUCUACCAACCUGCACAAGACGUUCAACAAGAUCUCCUCUUGCCACAAUACGCACAGUUCGUCUUUGUCCAUGGGUGCAAUUUCCAAGGCGGAGUUUAUUCACCUGUUUCUGCAAUUUCAUAGUGCCAUCUACCUCGUACAAGACUUGAGUGAGGCGAAAAAGCUGCAAAUUCGUUUGGUAGAAGAAUUCAAGGUCGUCCUUCGACAGAAUCUUUUAUCAUCCGGGGAGCUUGUCCGCCUGCUUACCAUCUGCCUCUUCACGCUUUUCCACAUCCGUACGGGUGGGGCUGAGGAACUGGAGGAGUUUGACUGUAUAAGCAAGGACGAAGAGGAGAGUUGGAUCAUGGGACUUGAGCUUACAGUGGAGAUGUUCAUCGCGUCCGUAUGCUGGGCCAUUGACCACCUUCAGGAGGAUGACCAGCCACGGGACAAUUCCCUCCUAACCCUACCCCUGAUAAGUGUGUUUUGUCAAUGGGUAGCUGCUAAUGCAAGCUCUCUGUGGCGGGAAGACCUCGUCAAGGAGGAACGAGUUUGGAGCAAUUUUGCGUCUCUCCUGAACCUGCUGCCUGCGAAAUUAAACUUCAACCCUGAAACCUGUGAUAUUCCAUUGAAAGAGGACUGGGAACUGCAUAGCUUUCUUCCCUUGAGAUCGGCACACAGGAAACUGAGCUUCACUAUUCAUAAGUCGAAAGUAGAGGAUGAAAUGGCACACAGGAUAAACCGGUUAAUCAAGUUUGGAACCCGUCUGGCUAGUAACUUUCCAAGGGUUCUCUCUAAAGUGGAAGAUCUCUCGACGGGUCUGGCGCAUUUCUCACUUCGCACCGACUCCUCUAGUCCUGACAAUGAGGUUAGGGAACAAAUUGUUGCUUGUGAAAUCAAGUCGCCCCAAUCUCCGCACGACCUGGACCUCGAUCUGAUGGGUCCAAAGCUCCUCCCGUCCUCACCCCUAUCGCAUCAGAAAUCCUCAUCGCCAACUCCCUUUGCCGAGACCAGCUCCCUGUUCAAUAGCUGCAGUGAUGGCGUGGCAGGUGGUGUCCAGGAACACCAGCCUGUCACAGGCCCGUCACCAGUAGCGCAGUACUCUCUUUUCCAGUCAGGAUGGCGAGCCCCCCUCGCCUCAGCCCUCCACGGUGGGGUACCAGGUGCCCCGACGCUUGUUCCUAUACAAAGACCUGCACUAUCAGUCCCUUCACCCACAGGACGAGUACCUCACUUGGACCAGAUCCCACACGUGCCCAACGGCCCGAGCUCCCUUCCCAGCAGCCCAGGAGAGCCCCUCAUCUCUAGGGGCACGGUUCCAGGUCUUCCCAUGAGUGCUUCUCCAGGCCCUCUCGGCGGAUUUGGGCUGAGUGGUGGGUGGGGUUCUGGUGUCUGGGGCCCAGUACCCAGUACGAGCGUGCCCAUCGUGAACAACAAUCCACCACCACCACCAACACAGGCGAUCUGGGGGUCUGACUUCUCGGCCCAGGGCCUCUCGCCCCUUCAGCAGCUUCUACAAGAGCAGCAGAAGCUGAACCAAAAUGGCACGUGAGGGGGUGGGGUUAGGAGCUGCCACGGUGAGGUGAUGAUGAGAAUGGUAUGUUACCAUAGAUACAGUCUCUGGACCAACAAGGUCUAACCAGUGCGCAUGAUCAACAAGAACACCGCUGGUCACAAAGCAACAUCGAUAACAGUGCAUGCAGGCUACCGCUGGUCACCAUAUUGCGGGCAUUUAGCGUCUAAUGCUUUGGAGUUAAGGGGAGUUUCUACCCUUGUUUGAUAUUUUAGGAACAAACAUUAGGGUUCAUUUCACCCUCGAUAGGCAGGUUGCGAGUAGUAUAAACUCGGCACUCUUAUAAGGUUUAUCAGUUAAAGUGAUGGACGUAAAGUUAGGGUUUGGGGGUUUAAAGUGGCUGACUCAUUCUUCCCAUAAUGCAAUGACAUAAUCUUAAGAUAAGUGAGCGUUCGGGGUGAAGGGGCAGCUGACUAUAGCUAUUGUGUGGGGUUGAACACACAAUACCACAGUUUCUAACACACUACCACAGUCUCUAUAUGUGCACGUUUCUAUAAGCAUGUGUGCAUGAUUCCAUAAGUACUUAACCACUCCGUGAAAUCACGAAUGAUCAGAAUUUGAGAGGUGAACUCGAGGUAUCAGUUUACGUAUCUGGAAAGGUUCUUUAGGGGCCAACAAGCUAGGAAAACUGGGAUAUUCUCAACCGUUCACAGCAUUCUGUUUACCCUCUAGUUGCUUACCAAAAGCUAGGGGAAACGACUUAAAGAGCCCUCAGCCACACAUUUGUUAUUGCUUGUAUUCACUACUUCAUACAAAUUGUAAAGAAAUCUCGAAACAAAGAUUUACGAUUUUAAUAAAUCCAAACGAUUGGAUUUGGGUACAUUUGGCAUUUUACCAGCAUGACAUUGUGAAAGCUGACGGUGGCUCAAAUAAUCAGAUGUCGGUGAAGGGUAUAUGUGACUUACACUCUAAGUCAGCGUUUAUUCUAACCAGUUUGAUUAUUGUUACGAAAAUUGGUUAAGAGUACACGAAUUGCAUGAAUGUGGCAACAAAGAAUUUCACAAGCAUUUGUACUUUAUUAUCGGUUAUUUCCCGGUAAAAUUUACAUUACAUAUGCACCUUACAACUAAGUGUAACUUAAGGCUUGAUCUGAUCAUGGGUUACUUCUAGAUACGAAAUGUAAGUCUAACAUCAAAAAAAAUAAACUUUGACCAACCUA